GGACAGCGCUCGCGCCGCAGUGGCCCCUUCUCGAACGCCUCCUGCCGCCGUCUGGGCCCAGGCGGCCCCUAGGCGAGGCCUUGGCCCGGUUCUGUAAAGUCCUGGCCUGAGAUGGGCAGUACGGACAACUGGACCGGUGUAUAAGCCAAGCCUGUUUGGCUGUGGAUAACCUGGCGUGAUCAGCUGUGCAUCUGACUGGCAAGCAGCAAGGAACAGCAUCACACGGGAAGCCUGGCGAGACCGGAGCGUGCAGGAAGGUGGCCAUUUUUCCGGAGACCAGGAAGUGUGUGAGUGUUUUUGGAGCCCGGCCGCUAUGGCAGGCGAUGAGAGGGACUACAACCUGACGGAGGAGCAGAAGGCCAUCAAAGCCAAAUAUCCACCAGUAAAGAAGAAGUACGAGUAUCUGGAUCACACAGCAGAUGUGCAGCUGCAUGCCUGGGGAGAUACCCUGGAGGAAGCAUUUGAGCAGUGUGUUAUGGCCAUGUUUGGCUACAUGACCGAUACAGAGACUGUAGAACCUUUGGAUACUGUAGAAGUACAUGCAGAAGGACACGAUAUGCUUUCUCUUCUCUUUCACUUCUUGGAUGAAUGGCUCUAUAAAUUCAGUGCUAAUGAGUUCUUUAUACCCAGGGAGGUGAAAGUGCUUCAUAUUGACCGAAUGCAAUUCAAAAUAAGAUCAAUCGGGUGGGGAGAAGAGUUCUCUUUGCCUAAACACCCACAGGGUACAGAAGUCAAAGCCAUAACUUAUUCAGCAAUGCAAAUCUGUGAAGAAGAGAAGCCAGAAGUCUUUGUCAUCAUUGAUAUUUAAAGAAAAGAGUAAUGAAAUGACAGGACACAUAUCAUGGGCUGGCAGAAGGAUUGCAGGGGAUAACUACUCUUAAAUCUGCAUGAUUUAUUUGCAGAUUUACGUAUUCUAAUGCUGAGGUGAUGUCCCUCCAUAUUACUUGAAGGCUCCAAAAUACCUGCAGUGAUUCAGAUGUAAUGUGGACAAGUUUCUAAUUACUUGAAGAAUGCCAAAGAAAGUAAACUGGUCUUUGGAAAAAACACCUUCUAGAGUAAUGAAAGAAAAAAGGUGGUGCCACCAGGUGGUGCUGAAUUGCCAUUAGUUUCCAAGUGAAAUGCUAAAGUAUGUGAUGGAAUCCUUAGUAGUGCUAAUUACCACUCUAAAAAGGAGGCAAUGUGGAGUUUCUCCUCAGACAUGAGGGAGGAUGGUGUGGUGAGGCUUAUUUCUGUAAUUUGGGAUUAUUCCAGCUUUUACUGCUGAGAAGAUUUUAUGUUUUUUACUGGACUUCAUUAUACUACAAAGUGGUGAAACCGGCCAAAAAAAAAAGCUUCUUUAGUGUCAGAAAAUUUUGAACUCUUAUGCAGUAAAUCAAGAAUAAUAAUUGAAAAAUGUGUGUUUUAUUUUAUAUCAUGGGACAACUAAAAGGUAGUGUCUGCCGUUCUCUCAAGUGAGAGACAGAUGCAGUAGAUACAAGGGCAGGCCUGACCUGACGUUUUAUUUUUUUCUGGUAAAUGUUGCAUUUAAACUUUUCAUUUUUAUUUUGUUCUAAAAAAUCCCUUAAAUAGAGAAAGACUAGGGGUUUAUUUCAUUUUUGUAAAGAUGACAGAUAAAAUAAUUUUAUUAUAAAACAUCUUAAUGGCGAAAUAAAACAGGACCUAAGAAUUAUGGAUACAACUUGUAUGAAUGGCUUUUUGAGGAUAAUAAAUUUAAGAUUUGCACUCUCUUCUCUGGCAAGGUGAGCAGAGUUUUGUAUACCUAAUGAUUAAGAUACGCUUGUUGCAGUAGUACCUAAAUUGACUUGCACGACUAGGAAUUUCU